ACACAAUUCAUAUCCCCAAUACAGUAUAUGCUAUCCCUUUGUUGGAUAUUCUACUAUAAUAAAAUCAUUCAAACAAAUUUGUCCUACUAUACCUUAAUAACUUGUUACAUCUAUAUAAAUGAAGUCCACACCUUAACUUAAUGAAACAACAGAAUUGUCCUAAGAUUAACAAGAAAUAAUACAGAAAAGUUUAGAGAGAUGAAUUUUAUUUACUACUAUAUCUUGGCAGUUAAAUUAUUUCUGCUUGCAGUAGUUCCAGCAUUUUCACAGGGCUUUGAUUUCUUCUAUUUUGUCCAAGAGUGGCCAGGAUCCUACUGUGAUACAAAGAAAGGUUGCUGUUAUCCUCUCACAGGGAAACCAAAUGCAAAUUUCGGAAUUCAUGGUCUUUGGCCCAAUUAUGAUGAUGGAUCUUAUCCUUCCAACUGCGAUCCUGAUAGCCCUUUUGACCUCUCAGAGGUCGAAGAUUUAAGGAGCAUACUGCAAGAAGAGUGGCCAACAUUAGCAUGCCCAAGCGGCGAUGGCACAAAAUUUUGGUCCCAUGAGUGGGAAAAACAUGGAACUUGUUCAGAGUCCGUACUAAGCCAACAUUCCUACUUUCAAACUAAUCUUGACCUAAAAGAGAAAAUCAACCUUCUUCAAGUACUCAAAAAUGCAGGUAUAGAGCCAAACGGGACUUUAUACUCGUUGGGAUACAUAAAGAAUGCCAUAGAAGAAGGUGUUGGAUUCACUCCUGCGAUUGGCUGCAAUGUUGAUCCAGCAGGGACUACCCAACUUUACAGAAUCAGCUUCUGUGUUGACAAUACUGCUUCUAACCUUAUUGAGUGCCCUCGUUUUCCUCGGAGCAAUUGUCCUUCCCGAGUUGAAUUUCCAUCAUUUUGAUAGUUUUUUACCGUCUUUGGUAAAUGAUAAUCAAUAUUGUAAUCGAAUAAUAAUUGAGUAUUUUGUAUCGGUGGGUACGAGAAAGCAUCAAUAUUAAUUUAUGUCUAACAUAAUGCAAUCUUAUACAUUCUAAAGUA